UUCCUGAGACAAACUAUGUCAAAUAACGAAAGUAAACAAACAGGAAAGACAGGGCAUAUGAUCGCGCGCGGGGACAGACACUCAUGCGCAUGCGCACCACUGACAGCGCUGAUAAACAGUUGGCGCCGGCGCGAGAGACCAUCAAAGAAGGCAGAACACACAAGAUCAUACAUCCGACAGAAGAUCAUGACCAGAAAAAGUGGACGCCAGCAAGCCAGAUCAUCUGACAAUGGGAGCACACACUGUAUAACACGAGUAAAGAAAGAGCACAACAGGAAGAAAACAUCAAUCAAAAAGUGUAAAGGCGACACUCAGAAUGUAUGGAGGCGUGAUGUACUGCACGGGAUGGACAGAGUUGUGGAGUUCUCUGAUUGGUCGGAUCAAACACCAGACACAAGGCCGUCUCCUCUGCCAAUGCUCAGUUGGGGCAGCUCAGAGGACGUCUGGGUGAAAAUGUUGAGUAAAGAAAUGAAGUAUCAACACAAUAAGAGCUGCUUACACAGACACCCGUCACUGCAGCCUAAGAUGAGAGCUGUUGUGCUCGACUGGCUCAUGGAGGUGUCUGAGGCAUACACACUUCACAGACAGACAUUUUACCUGGCGCAGGACUUCUUCGACAGAUUUAUGUUGACGCAGAACGACGUGCAGAAAGAUCGACUGCAGCUAAUAGGAAUCACUGCACUUUUCAUCGCCUCCAAAAUAGAGGAAAUCUAUCCUCCUAAGAUCACAGAGCUGGCCUAUGUGACUGAUGGAGCGUGUUUGGAGGAGGAGAUACUUCACAUGGAGCUGAUCAUGGUGAAGGCAUUAAACUGGGAUCUGUGUCCAGAGACUGUUGUGUCCUGGAUGAAGCUGUACAUUCAGAUGGCAUCAGUGUACGACUUCACCAAUCUACUCGUGCCACAGUUCUCUCAGGAAACUUACAUUCACAUUACACAGCUUAUGGAUUUGUGCAUUCUUGAUAUCAAUUCUUUGGACUAUAAAUAUGGAGUGUUGGCAGCAGCUGCUUUUUGUCACUUCAUGUCAGCUGAUGUCGUCCAGAAAGUAUCAGGGUUGAAGUGGGAGGCCGUUGAACCAUGUGUGAACUGGAUGGCUCCGUUUGUAGAGACCAUGUUGAGUUAUGAGAACCCACAGCUCAAAGACUUUAUGAAGGUAUCUUCAGAUGACAGACACAACAUUCAGACACACGUGGACUACCUCUCCAUGCUGAAAGAGGCUCAACAGAAGCAUUCUGAAAGAUUGGAGGCGGCCUUCUUUCCCCCAACACCACCCAGCAGCACUGAGAAACCCAAUGAACACUAGUGCGCUCAAACUACACAGGCACAAGACAUCUCAGCUGAACUGAAUUCUGAGGUUCUAGUCACAAGUUGUAAAACUGCAAGUACUGUGUGUGUGUGUGUGUGUGUGUGUGUGUGUGUGUAUAGAGCUUGAAUUGCAAUCUAAGAAAGUUAAUUCUAUUUUCUAUUCCAAAUAGACUUAAUUUAUGUGGUUAAGUUUUGACAGAGGUUCUUUUAAACUUAAUAGUACAAAAUUUGUACAGAAACAGGAGCAGGCCUCAGGAUUGUUCUUAUUUUUUUGUAUCUGUUUUGGAUUCAUAAGACUGUCAAUCUGAUGUUUUUGUUUUUGUUUUGUUAGACCGUAUAUUGUUCAUUUGUAUAUACAUGUAAGCUAUUUGCAUUGACCAGUUUCACCUUUGCUAAAGGCAUUAAAUUGUGUAUUAAUGAUCAUUCCUUGUAACACAAAAUUGUGUAAAUGGAAUACAUAUUUGACCACUGAAAAUUGUGUAUAUAAAUAUACAUCUUUGUGCACAUGUUGUACGUGUAGAAAUAACCU